GGGGGACAUAGGCAAGAGACCCCUGCAUUGCAGGGCAGAGGUUCAUUAUAGGAACUUUCCAGGCAGGAUGGGGCAUUUCGGUGAGAGAGCAGCUGCCAACAUGGAGGCCCUGGAAGGACUGAAGGAACCCUGCCCCCAGGGCACAUCCACAUGACCUCCUGUCCCUGGGACUCAGGUCUGGGGGCAGGGACCUGGCCAGGCUGGCUAUUAAUACAGCUGGGAGCAGGGUUCAGGGGGCUCAGGUUUCGGAGGCCCAGCUGUCCCCAUGAGAGAGCGGGCACGUGACUGAAGCGUGGCCCUGCCUGGCUGAUUCAACAUCGCCCACUCCUCAGCCGACAUGACUGCCCUUGAUCUCUGGGUCACCCACCUUUGUCACUUGCUUUUCUCAGGGUCCCUCUCCCCCUUCCACAGGAUUCUGUGCCCUUCUCAUCCUGGGUUGUGUCCCCUCUCUGAGUGUCUGUCCCCAGGCUUUGUCUCUCUGUCUCUUUCUAGUCAGUGGACCCUCACCCCUUCAGCAUCUGUGUCCCCUCCUACCCUCACUCAGUGGGCCCCGCCCCACCCCGCCCCAUUUCUGCCCCCUCUCUCUGGGUCUGUCUUCCCUCUGAUUCUGUACUCCACCAAAUCUCUCUCUUCAGUCCAUGUGUCCCCUCCCUUUCUGAGUCUCUGUCCCUGGCCCCCUGAAUCACCCUCCGUGCCCCCACCCCAUCCUCGGCCUCCGCGCCCACUCUGUCACUUUAUCCGAGCCCGGCGGCGCUCUCUCCGCCUCCCGCUGACGUCUCGGGGACUCCCCGCCCCGCCGCCUGGGAAGUGGCGGAUCCGGUUUGGUUCAGGGCGGGGCUGGCGGGGCUGCUGGGCUGCCUGCGGGGAGCCCGAUGCCAGCAUGGUGGCCCCCGAGAAGGAGCAGAGCUGGAUCCCCAAGAUCUUCAGGAAGAAGAUUUGCACCACGUUCAUAGCUGACCUCUCGGAUCCCGGAGGGACCUUGUGCCAGUGUGGGCGCCCCUGGAGUGCCCACACCUCGGUGGCCGUGGAGGAUGCAUUUGGUGCGGCCGUGGUGACUGUGUGGGAUAGUGAUGUGCACACCACGGAGAAGCCCACCGAUGCCUACGGGGACCUGGAAUUCCUGGGCGCCGGCCGCAGGCCCAGCAAUUUCCUCCGGCUGUCUGACCGCACGGAUCCAGCAACCAUUUAUAGUCUGGUCACCCGCACAUGGGGUUUCCGAGCCCCAAACCUUGUGGUGUCGGUCCUGGGGGGUUCGGGGGGCUCCGUCCUCCAGACCUGGCUGCAGGACCUGCUACGACGUGGGCUGGUGCGGGCAGCCCAGAGCACAGGGGCCUGGAUUGUCACCGGGGGGCUGCACACUGGCAUCGGCAGGCAUGUGGGUGUGGCAGUGCGGGACCACCAGAUGGCUAGCACCGGGGGCAGCAAGGUGGUGGCCAUGGGUGUUGCGCCCUGGGGUGUGGUCUGGAACAGAGACACCCUCACCAACGCCAAGGGCUCGUUCCCUGCGAAGUACCGGUGGUGGCGCGGUGACCCGGAGGACGGGGUCGAGUUCCCCCUGGACUACAACUACUCGGCCUUCUUCCUGGUGGACGACGGCAGGCACGGCCGCCUGGGCGGCGAGGACCGAUUCCGCCUGCGCUUCGAGUCCUAUGUGGCGCAGCAGAAGACGGGCGUGGGCGGGACCGGAAUUGACAUCCCCGUCCUCCUCCUGCUGAUCGGUGGGGAUGAGAAGAUGUUGAAGCGGGUAGAGGACGCCACCCAGGCACAGCUCCCCUGCCUCCUGGUGGCCGGCUCUGGGGGUGCUGCUGAUUGCCUGGCCGAGAUCCUGGAAGACUCUCUGGCCCCAGGGAGUGGGGGCACCAGGCGAGGUGAAGCCCAAGACUGGAUCAGGCGUUUCUUCCCCAAAGGGGACCCCGGGGUCCUGCAGGCCCAGGUGGAGAGGAUCAUGACCCGGAAGGAGCUGCUGACCGUCUAUUCAUCGGAGGAUGGCGCGGAGGAAUUCGAGACCAUCGUUUUGAAGGCCCUCGUGAAAGCCUGUAGGAGCUCUGAGGCCUCAGCCUACCUGGACGAGCUGCGUUUGGCUGUGGCUUGGAACCGCGUGGACAUCGCUCAGAGUGAACUCUUCCGGGGGGACAUCCAGUGGCGGUCCUUCCACUUGGAGGCGUCGCUCAUGGACGCUCUGCUGAACGACCGACCCGAGUUCGUGCGCCUGCUCAUCUCCCACGGCCUCAGCCUGGGCCACUUCCUGACGCCCGCGCGCCUGACCCAGCUCUACGGUGCAGCGCCCGCGCACUCGCUCAUCCGCGCGCUUCUGGACCAGGCGGCCCACGGGGCGGCCACCAAAGCCCCGGGGCCCAAAGGGGACGCUGAGGAGCUCCGGCCGCCUCAGGUGGGGCAAGUGCUGAGGACGCUGCUGGGGGAGACGUGCGCGCCGAGGUACCCAGCCGUGAAAGCCCGGGACCCCCACACCGGCAAGGGCUGCUGCGAGACCGUUUUUCUGCUCUCUGAUUGGGCCGCCUCGGAACCGGCUCUGGAAGCCAGCUUGGGGCAGGCUCCCUGGAGCGACUUCUUCCUCUGGGCACUGCUGCUCAACAGAGCCCAGAUGGCCAUGUACUUCUGGGAGAUGGGCUCUAACGCUGUGUCCUCUGCUCUUGGGGCCUGUUUGCUCCUCCGAGUGAUGGCCCGCCUGGAAGCUGAGGCGGAGGAGGCGGCCCGGCGGAAAGAGCUGGCCGCCAAGUUUGAGAGCAUGGGUGUAGACCUCUUUGGAGAGUGCUACCGAAGCAGCGAGGAAAGGGCCUCCCGACUACUUCUCCGUCGCUGCCCGCUCUGGGGCGAUGCUACCUGUCUCCAGCUUGCCAUGCAGGCUGACGCUCGAGCCUUCUUUGCCCAGGAUGGGGUCCAGUCGCUGCUGACACAGAAAUGGUGGGGGGAGAUGGACAGCACCACACCCACCUGGGCCCUGGUUCUCGCCUUCUUCUGUCCCCCACUGAUCUGCACCAACCUCAUCACCUUCAGGAAACCAGAAGAGGAGUGCACGCAGCAUCAGAAGAACCCUGACGUUGACACGGACAGGGACAUUAAGGGAGAGGGUCCCAAUGGACCCAGCCACUCCUUGGUGAAGGUGCAGCCGCUAGGCCUUCGGGGCCGCUGGUCGUGCUUCUGGGGGUCGCCGGUGACAGCCUUCAUGGGCAACGUGGUCAGCUACCUGCUCUUCCUGCUGCUCUUCGCGCGCGUGCUGCUCCUCGACUUCCAGCCAGGGGCACCGCGGCCCUGGGAGCUGCUGCUGUACUUCUGGGCCUUCACUCUGCUGUGUGAGGAGCUUCGCCAGGGCCUGAGCGGAGGCUGGGGGAGUCUGGUCAGCGGGGGACCCCGGCCCGGGCACAUCGCGCUGCGCCACCGCCUGCAGCUCUAUGUGGCCGACGCCUGGAACCAGUGCGACCUGCUGGCCCUCACCUGCUUCCUGUUGGGCGUGGGCUGCCGGCUGACCCCGGGUCUCUAUGACCUGGGCCACACUGUGCUGUGCCUCGACUUCAUGAUCUUCACGCUGCGGUUGCUGCACAUCUUUACAGUGAACAAGCAGCUGGGGCCCAAGAUCGUCAUCGUGAGCAAGAUGAUGAAGGAUGUCUUCUUCUUCCUCUUCUUCCUGGGCGUCUGGCUGGUCGCCUAUGGCGUGGCCACUGAGGGGCUGCUAAGGCCCCGCGACCGUGACCUCCUCAGUAUCCUGCGUCGUGUCUUCUACCGGCCCUACCUGCAGAUCUUUGGGCAGAUCCCCCAGGAGGACAUGGACGUGGCCCUCAUGACGCCUAUGAACUGCUCGUCUGAGGAGGGUGCCUGGGCUCAGCCUCCGGGGCCCCAGGCAGGCUCCUGCGUCUCGCUUUACGCCAACUGGCUGGUGGUGCUGCUCCUCAUUGUCUUCCUGCUCGUGGCCAACAUCCUGCUGCUCAAUUUGCUCAUCGCCAUGUUCAGCUACACGUUUGGCAAAGUACAGGGCAACAGCGACCUCUAUUGGAAGGCACAACGCUACAGCCUCAUCCGGGAAUUCCACUCUCGGCCUGCACUGGCCCCGCCCCUCAUCGUGGUCUCCCACGUUCGACUCCUCAUCAGGCGCCUUCGCAGAUGCAGCUGGUCCAACAAGCCUACCUUUCCCGCCUUCCAGCACUUCCGUGUCCACCUCUCCAAGGAAGCCGAGCGGAAGCUACUGACAUGGGAGUCCGUGCACAAGGAGAGCUUCCUGCUGGCCCGCGAGCGGGAUAAGCGGGACAGUGACUCUGAGCGGCUGAAGCGCACGUCUCAGAAGGUGGAUAUGGUGUUGAAGCAGCUGGGACAGAUCCGGGAGUAUGAUAGGCGCCUGAAAGGACUGGAGCAGGAGGUCCAGCACUGUAGCCGUGUCCUGGACUGGGUGGCCGAGGCCCUGAGCCGCUCUGCCAUGCUGCCACCGGGCGGACCACCGCCCCCUUCCCGGCCUGGGUCGAAAGAGACGGCUUCUCUCUUCCCUGCAGACUGAGUGCUGCUGGUGGUCUUCAAGGAGUGGCCCCGAGGAUCCUGCUCCUAGACCAAGGCCCAAGUGGCCCCACCUGUGUGCCCAACGGCCUUGUCUCUGACCUGGGCCCCAGGCCCCUGGACCCCAGUGGUGACACCUUGGGGAGUGUCGCCCUUGCCAACCACUGCAGGCCCAGAUCCUCUCAGCACCAGCCUGGCUCUGGGGGGUGAGGCUGUGCAACCCGAUCUGCUGGCCCCAUGGGGCACACAGGCGGGUCCUUGGGGCCAUGGGGACCACUGACCCUAUCCCCAGCUUCCCCACACUGGGGAAAUAAAGCCUUUGAGAUAA